AUGGCUGACAUUUGGUUAAGCAGAAGCGAAAGAACUGUUCCGCGUGUGGAUGGCCAACUAGCUAUGACAAGGGCAUUUGGGGAUGGAAAACUGAAGGAUCACAUAACUUCAGAACCAGAUAUAAAAGUUAAGAAGAUCAACGAUGAAACAGAUUUCAUCAUUUUGGCAAGUGAUGGCUUGUGGAAGGUGAUGUCAAACCAAGAGGCUUACGAUUGCAUUGGAGAAUUAGAUGAUGCUCAAGAAGCUGCUGAGGAGUUGAUUGAAGAAGCAUUAUCUAGGGAAAGCUAUGAUGAUGUCUCCUGCAUAGUUGUUGUCUUUCACUAG